ACCACGGAGAUGUGAAACUGGAUCGAGGAUCGUACACCGCGCGAGGACUCGAUUUUCCCCGAUAACCGGCACCAGAACCAUGUCGGAGGCGGCGUUUCGGCUGGUCCUCGUGGCGCUGGCCGCGGCGGCUGCGUCGAGCUCCUCGGCUUACGUGGUCAACGCCGAGGAGGGGACGGUCCAGCAUGCCCCGACGACGAGCACAGCGGCCACGACGUGGGAGUGCCCGAACGUAACGAGCGCGGCCAACGACAGCAGCCUCGAGUGCUCGUGCGAGCUGGCCCACGCCCUGCGCUGCACCGGCAACCUCCUCGAGGCCCUACAAGCUCUGCGGGCCCACCUACGCCGAACCGGACCCCGGAUAUCACUGCUCGACGUUACGCUCUCGGGCGUCUCGGUCCUACCGGCGAGUUUCCUCGAGGACAAGCAGGGCUCGCUCCAUGGACUGGUCGUGUCCACCGGUGAGCUGCGCCGGGUCCACGAGGCCGCGUUCGCCUCGUUCUCCGGGUCCCUUCGGGCUCUCGGGCUGCCCAACAAUCAACUCGAGGCCGUGCCCACGAGCGCCCUAUCCCGGCUCGUUGGGCUGGAGAGGCUCGACCUGUCCCACAACAGGCUCGAGACCCUCGAGGCCACCUCCUUCCGAGGCAUGGGGGACCUGAACUACCUGGACCUGUCGUACAACCUCCUGGCGCAGCUGUCGCCCCAGGCGUUUGCUUCGCUGUCGGGGCUCAGAUCGCUCAAGAUGCGGGGCAACCGGUUGAGGGUGUCCACGCUGUCGGCGAUCCGGGGCUUGAGGAGCCUCGAGGAAUUGGACGUGUCGGUGAACAUGCUGAGCGGGCCCGUGGGUGCGGGUUUUCUCCCGCCGAUGCAGAGGCUCUCUUUUCUCAGCAUCGCCGAGAACGAGCUCAAGAGCGUGCAGCAGGGCGCCCUCGUUGGGCUCAAGAACUUGUCCACCCUCGUUUUGAGCCACAAUCAGAUAGACGUCAUUUCGGAUCACGCGUUUCGCCACCUGACGACGCUCACGCGACUCGAGCUGGCGUACAACGACAUCGUAGCCGUUUCGAGCGCAUCGCUGGGCCACCUGGACAAGCUGCUCAGCCUCGACCUGUCGAAGAAUUUCUUACGCUCACUGAGCGCCGACCUGGUCGUGCCCCUGCGUAGUCUCGAAGCGCUAAAACUCGACGACAACGACAUCACUAUGGUGACGAGCGACUUGCCCACCUCGAAGCUCCGUCUGCGGAGCCUCUCGCUGGCCAACAACCCCCUCAACUGCGACUGCAGCCUGGUUGACUUUGCCAGCUGGCUGGCCAACUCGACCCAACUCACCGACUCGGACCGGCGCUCCGCGGUAUGCGCCACACCACCUGCCCUCGAGAACGCACUGUUGGCCGAGCUACCGGCCACCAGUCUACUCUGCGGCGAUCCCCCCGGUCGACGACCACCGCUGCACCAACGCUCGCCCGCGUCCAACAGGUCUUCCGGACAACUCUCCCUUGCUGAGUUCCACUACGACGAGGCGACGGGCGUGGACCUGCUGUGGCGCGUCGACUCGUGCGCCCAGCGGCGCUACACCUGCGACACUCUGACCGUGUACGAGGCGACCGAGCCAGCUGACGAGGAGGUCCAGGUAUCCUCGAGUCCCAUCCACUGCGACUCGCGCCUCAUGCCCCAGCCCUGCACCCUCCCGGUCAGCCUACCCGCGAGCCCGUUCCUCCGCAGUGGCCGACGGUACCGCUUCUGCGUGGUCCUCAUGCUGCCCGGGGGCUACGACGACCACUCCGGCCACGGCUGCAGCGACUUGAUCGAGCUCGAGGACUCGGUCCACCUGGUGGCUCAGCUGGAAAACGAACCCCGGCUCCUCCUCGAGCCCCGCAUAUCCGCCGUCCACGUCAACCUCUCCGCCGACGGCCAACUCCAGGUGGAGGUGGCGCUGUCGGGGGACGAGGCUCCGAGCGCGGAGUGCGCCGUCGAGCUGGACGUAUUCGCGACGCAGAGCGGCCAAGUGCACCGGAAGCGGGUGAACUGCAGCAGCUCCGGGGCUACGACGAGGACGACGCUGACGGGACUGGCGCCGGGCAGGUACAGGGUGUGCGCGAACCUAAUGAGCAACGGGGAGAGCGCGCUGAGGAACGGCCGGGCGAGGUGCGUCGAGGUGCAGGCGGUCAGGCAGCCAGUGGUGUCGGAUGCACGAACGACGACCACGACGACUACGACGACGGCUACGUUGUUGUUUGUGCUGCUGCUGUUGAUGCUACUGCUCGGCGUGGGGGUACUCGGGUUUGGGCGCUGUUACUCUCUGCUGGGCAGGGCCAAGAAGGUGGCGCCACCGCAGUUUGCCCACCAACAGCUCGAAAUCACCCACAAGGCUCACUACAUCAAACUCCUUGCCACCACCAAGGUCUGAGGGGGAUAUAGUUUGAGACACGCGGACUGUACAUUAUUAUUACGAAGGAAUGACUAGUCGUCCGAAUGAGCGAAUGAAUGAAGCAUUUGACAGCCCCCCCCCUUUUUUUUAACGAUGAAUCGA